ACGGGGUUAUGUUGAAGGUUGGUGAUAAGCUCCAACGAAUAACUGCUAUCCCUUUGUAGUUCAACACACCAUCAAUUACCUGUAACUACGCUAGAACGAAUUCUUAGCUUCAUUGGGGUCCCAAACCCUUUUUAGGAAUCUUAUCACCGUCACUCACAUAGUUGAGGAAAAAUUGAGAUAAAUUUGCUCAUCUCGUAUCCGGUAUUGAAAUAGAAUGAAAGUAUGGCCAGAAAAGGGAGUGUCAACCUUGGCAACCAACCAUCACUUGGUGCGAGUUCCACUGCAGCAGCGUUGCUUAGCGACGAGGAUGGCUUGCUGGACGCAUUAGGUCUAGACAUGGAGAAUCUAGAUAUCACCACCGAAGACAUUAGUUUCGAUGAGGUGGGUUUACACAUCCAGGAGAAUUUGGAAGACGACCUCAUUAAGCAAGCGUUACAGUCGGGCGUAGACCUCAGAGAGUAUGCACAACAGGU